AUGAUGGAGGCUGGCGGGGGUGAAGACUCCCCCGACAUCGCCUCUGAGCAGCCGAGAAAUGACAGCGACCACUUUCGCAUGGAGGAAGAAAUGGCACGAUUAGUCGCUGAUAAUGAGGCUGUCAAGGCCCAAAACAAGUCUCUUGAAAAGCGUCUAGCAAGUUUGCAGAAUGAUUUUGAAGAAAGUCAAUCACAUUUACUUGUGCUUCAAGAUCAAUUAUCGAGCAGUGUGGUGGAUAGAGGGGGAUAUGCAAAUCGCACGGAUCCCAUCAUGAGGUCUCAGCUUGACCAGCUCCAGAGCGAUGUACAAAAACUCGAGGAUGUCAUUGCCGAAAAAGAAUCAACUAUCGGACAGCUUGAGGGUACUAUAUCAGGCCUUAACAGACGGGUUGAAAACUUGUUCCCAAAGGCAGAAGCUGCAAUUAAGUACAAGGACGAUCUUGAUGAAGCCAACCACACCAUAGAUAAACUUAAAAAGAGUCAAAAUGUGGCAGAAAAAUACCGGAAGAAACUGGAAGGUAUGGGGGAAAUGGAGAGGGAGAUCAAGGCACUGGAACAGCAAAAUACUCAAAUGAAGCAAGAUCUCCGCGCUGGCCAUGAGAGCUCGAAGCAGGUACCUGGUCUCAAGCGGACUCUCGACCAAUACAAAAAGCAAAUUGACAAGGUUGAAGCCGAGUACGCCGACCUGCUACGAGCGAAAACUAUCUUAGAGAUUGACCGGAAUACGCUCAGAGAAAAAGCUGCCGGUGCCGAGGGCCAGAAGAGCAAGGAUAUGGAGCGUAUACAGAACCUCGAGGAGAAGGUCCGUGAGCUUGAGACUGGUGUAAUAAGUAAAACCGUUGAGGAGACCAACGGGGAUCUGGAUUCGGAGUUAACCUAUAGCACGAAGACCAAAACUGAUCUGAAGCUCCAGAUAUCUCGGUUAGAGAGCGAAUUGUCUCAACUAAAGGAAGGAACUAGUGGUACAGAUGCAGACAAUGUUAUGUUACAACAUAUGCUAGAUGAUGCCACUAAAGCGAAGGACAAACUUGAGCAGGAUUACUUGCAAGCACAUACCGGAAAGCUUAUCCUGGAAGCACAACUAGCUGCAAUUAAUGGUGGUUCCUUUACUGAAGGGUCCGAGGUCAUGCUCAAACUACGACAAAACCUUGUUGGUGCGGAAGAGCAACUGAUUGACCUGAAACGGAAAUUUGCUGAAGUUGAUGCCGAGCUUUCGGUGACGAAGAAGGAACUUACCACCGCAAAAUCUGAUUUGAACCUAGUCGGGAAGGACAAAGUGGAGGCGCUGGCCGAACUUAAGAUUAUAAAUUCCCAGGAGCUUAUCGAGCUUCGCGGGAAGCACGAGGAGGCCCAGCACAAAAUAAGCGGUCUUGAGACUGAGAUCGACCAAAAGAAGACUCUUCUCAGUACCGUCUUGUUAGAAAAGGAUGAAGUUUCCAAGAAGCUCUCCGAACAAAAGGAUAUCAUCUUGGAGAAUGAAAAAUCCAAUAGCGAACUUAGAGCUACUAUUGCCACCUUCCAGGGCACCGCUGAAGGUCGAGAUGCGGCUCUUGAGAAGCGUGUUUUACAGCUCCAAGGGAAGUUGGAAGACCAGAGGGAAAAGAUGUUCAAGGCUCGCGAGCAUAUCAAAAAGCAGAAUGUCAUUAUCAGGGACCUCAAAGAGAAGGUCGACACGGCCGAAUCCACUACCCCAGACGCAACCACAAAAUCCAAGGAGGAGCAGCUCGCUGAGAGUGAUAGGAAGAGACGCGCCGAGCUCGAAAUCCUCGAGAGGGAGAACAAAAUGAUCGCGUCAGCCUGGUACGACCAGGCCACUAGACUGCAGAUGAACAGCGUCGCGCUCGAGAGGAAAGGCGAUACACCACAUAGUUGGUUGAACAGGCAACGCGCUGCCUUGGCCAAAGCUGGCGGCGUCUAACCAAAAUUUAAUUAAGUGAUGAGAAGCUGAGUAUGAUGAUAACAUGUGCGUGUACUGUGAUCAACUUUUUAAUCAAGUCCUACCGAUUACGAUACGAUAAUAGAAUUCAAAGUCUCAUGUGGCGUUUCUGUUCUGUUCUGUAGAAGAUUUGUCGAAUUUCCCUUCCUUACAAAUCAUGUUCUCCUUUUUUUGCUUGAUCACCCGCUCCCCCCUGGAAGACACCAUACUGCAGUGGAGUUUGUGCGGGGGGGUAUUCACGAAUUUCUUUCUUUUCCACGUAGUAAAUGCUAGCAAUAUGACGAGGAAAUGAUUGGCGCGGGGGCUAAUUGGCUGGGGGGUUGGCUAGCUGGUGGAAUGGAGUAAGAUUUCGCAGGUUUAUGUUCGUCAAGCAUCCUUUGUACUGUACUUUGUGCGCUACAAUAUCAUACCCAGUUUCUUUUGUUAAGAGAAAGGAAUAGUAUAUGUUAGUAGGGAACACAACCAAGCCCCCCAGGGCACUUUUACCAGUAUCA